AUGUUUAAAGAGAUUAAUGUAGCCUAUGAUGUUUUGAGCGAUCCAAGAAGACGCGACAUUUAUGAUAAAUAUGGAGAGGAGGGCUUAUAUGGCGAUGUGCCUCCUCAAGAUGACGAUUAUUUUGAUGGCUAUUACGAUUACUCUUCUGAAAACGAACCCCCCUACGCAUCAUCAUCAUCAUCUCCUCCUCCUCCUCCAAGCUCAGCUCCCAAGCCUCCUCCAAACUCAGCUCCUAAGCCUCCUCCACGUCCAACUUCCACUCCUUCUCCUUCGAAUUCUCCUCCUCCUCCUCCUCCUCCUCCUCCUCCUCCUCCCCGCGAAACUUCCUCCCCUCCUCGCCGAAACUCCCAAUCCUACCAAUCCGAUUUUUGGAGCCGUUCCGCCGAACCUUCUUUCGAAACUCCACCACCCCCUCCCUAUUCCCGAAAUACUCCCUAUUUUUCGUGUGAUCGAACCACCGGCGCUCCCUUCUAUUUUUCAACCAAUCACCACAGCGGGAGUUUCACCCAAAAGGACGACUACGAUUCCCGCCAAAAUUCCCCGCCCGAGCCGCCGAAACGCCCGAAUUCGGUUCCUUUCGGCGCUUCGCUGGACGAAACUCCCUCCAUGUUCUAUUCGAAUUCCUCCAGUUCCGCGGGGUUCCGCGGUUCUCCGAAUCCGGGGAAACCGGGGAAACCGUCGAACCCGUCGAACCCGUCCCCUGUUCCACCGAAUUCUUCGAACAUUCCAUCGAAUUCUUCGAACAUUCCAUCGAAUUCUUCGAACAUUCCAUCGAAUUCUUCGAACAUUCCACCGAAUUCUUCGAACAUUCCACCGAAUUCUUCGAUGUUCUCUUCGCCUUCCACGCCGCCCCGCGCUCCCCGACCUCCAGUUUCCACUCAAUUUUCCCCGCGGAACCGCCGCCAUCACAUGUUCACGCAGCCCGAUCCCUUCGACAUUUUCAGGCGUUUUUUUGGCACCUGCGACUUCCGCCAGGCCGCCUCCAUGAGGUAUCCCCGCGGUUCUUCCUCCAUUCUAGCGACGCCGAGGGUUUCUCCUUUUUGGACGACCCGCCCCCCGCGAGGACGAUCCCCGCGGUUCCUGCGGUUCCCGCGGUUCCUGGGAGUGUGGAAAAAGGGGAAGAGCCAAUCAUCGACGCGCCGAUCACGCGUGCGUUUUAUUGUUCCCUGGAGGAAUUGUGUUCCUUCGAUUAGAAUUCGAUGUAGAUACUUCGGCACGCGGAAGAAGAUGAAGAUUCGGCGCAAGACCGUUUCAUCCAAUGGCGAUGUAACGCCCGUCGAGAAAAUCGUCGAAUUCGAUGUGAAGCCGGGGUGGAAACGGGGAAACCGCGUCACGUUUCGACAGUCGGAGUGGAGGGAGCGGAUGAUUGGUAGAUUGGGGGAUGAAACGCCCGGCCAUAUUCCCGCGGAUAUCGUGUUUGUUUUGGAGGAGAAGCCGCACGCGGUGUAUGUGAGAGAAGAGAACGAUCUGGUGUGCACACGCGAAAUUUCGCUGCGUGAGGCGCUGUGCGGAUUUCGAUUUGAAUACGAGCAUCUCGAUGGACGAAGGAUUAAUGUGAUGAUCCCGGCGGUCAUCACUCCGGAGUCGGAGCAGCGCUACCCGGGUCUAGGAAUGCCAAUUUCAAAGAAUGCGGGGGAGUUUGGCGACUUGGUGUUUCGAUUUCGAAUCCGGUUUCCAAAGAUGAUGUCGAAUGAACACAAAGCAAUCAUUCGCAAUCUGACGUUUCUUGAUGAUUAA